AUGUACGAAGAUGACUAUGACAAACGAAGCUCUCAGCGCCUGAGUUACAUAUCGUCGCCCUCUGCCGAAACCAUCUCGAUCAUCCCUCCGAGCCAUGCCGGCGUUGAGUCCCCAUCCACCACGCAGUCGUUACGGGUCCAGAAUCACAACCAUGACCGACAGACAAACGGACAGUCCCGGCCCAGCUCGGGCAAAAACAGUCCGACCUCUCCUAACACUCUCCCUUCGCCCGGGUCAGCUGAUACGGCCACCACGUCUUUCCCCCUGAACGAUAUCGACUAUGAGUCCGAUCCCGCAGCCGUGGCACAAGAAUUGAACAACUUAGCGGCUAUCCGACGGAUGUCUAUGGAUGUUGCAGCAACGGGGGAUCCCGAUCUUCCCAGCUAUAGUUCGAACUUUCCAGUGCCGUCCUCUCCCUCCGCCGACGAGAAUGAUACCUCCCGAUUGUUUUGGGUCCCUGCGCGCUUACAUCCGGAGCUAGCCCCCAAAGAAUUCAAGUCCUUCCUCGAAAGCAAGGCAGACCACAUCAAGCGGAAAUCUGGUGAUUUCUCCUCCCUCAGUCCGGAACGCCAAGGAUCGAAUGCUGGCCUGAGACGGAAACGAUCCAUGCUAUCAAAGCAAAUCGACAAUUCCCAUGGCUAUAAAGAUGGUGCUGAACGGUUAGAAAGGAAGCGGUCGGAGGCAAAACAGGGGUCACAAAGCCCCAAUCUGCAACAACUGGAGGAUUUGGUCGAUCACUCGAAGAAAGGACGCACCCCCAGCGCCUCUUCCUUGUUGGAAGGUAUCCAAAACCUCAGCCUAUCCGCGGACGACGAUAUACCGAUCCUCCCCCCGGCCCCUCCUGGCAACAGUCUCAGGCGGUCAACGAGAACACAAUACCGGAAAGCUGGAAGUCUGAAGAAGGGGGAUAAACUCCCUUAUUCCAAGCGCAUUGCAAGAACAUCAGAGACGAACGGAGGCAUAGCGCCCGCUCUUCCCGCCGGAGAACAGCCUAUUCUCGGCUUAACCCGCGUGUCCACCGAUCCUACUCCCAGUCGGACACGAGCUCAAGCGGCAGUAGACGCCACUCAACCUGCCACUCCUGAGGACGGCCCUAAUACCGCCCGCGAUACGCCUUCGCAGCAUCCACACUCUAGUCCUGAGAGAUCAGAUGACUCGUCUUCCGGAGGGCCGGGGGAUCGGACAAGCGCUCCACCACAGACGCGACAAUGGCAUUCCCGGAUAAGCUCCAACGGAAGAUCAACGUUAAACACGCCCGCAGCGGAACAAAAAAUCCCAGAGAUUAUUGAAACGCCUCCCUCUGAAUCCUAUAACCCGUCUCUCAGCUCUAGUGUACCAGGCAGCUCAGUUGCCGGGCGUGGGUCAACCAAUGACCAGUCCACGACCUUACCUGCAAAGGCAUCGCAUAAUCACGACCACAGCUCGAACAAACGUGUAUUGCAUGGCCGGGGACACGCAAAAGACACUACGUCUACCCUCAGUGAUUUCGCAAGUAGCCCGCAGCCUCUCCCAGGAAACACCACCCGCACGGAUAGCCUCUCGUUUAUCCCUACGCUUCCAGAAGAGCGAAAGCCAGAAGAACGCAAGGCAGAGACGAAGAAGUCGAAAGAUAAAAAAGACUCAGAGGGAGGCCGUAAGUCAAGCUGGCACUGGUUACUGGGCUCCGAAGAGAAGGACAAGGAAAAGAAAAAAGACAAGGAUGGUGAUGCGAAGAAGAUCAAAGCCAAGAUCGUCGACAAGGUUCACGAAACGGCCAAUGUUCUUCCAUCCUCUGGUGAUCACAAUCCGCGUGGACGUGAAAGCUCGACCUUCGAUCGACUUGACCCCAAGUUGGAGGAGGAGCGCCGGAAAGAUCACGUCCGGCGAACCUCAGGCGACUCUAAGAAGGAAAAGGAAUCCGGUUUGUUUUCCUCGCUCUUUGGGGGAGGCCGGAAGAAGAGCGGAGAGAGCCAUCACAAGAAAAGCUCCUCUCGGACACUGUCGCCUGACCCACCCGUGCGGGAGCUCAAACCGGAUAUCGAUUAUCCUUGGACACGGUUUUCCAUUCUGGAGGAGAGAGCAAUCUAUAGAAUGGCUCAUAUAAAGCUUGCGAAUCCUCGGCGAGCCCUGUAUUCACAGGUGCUACUGAGCAACUUCAUGUACUCGUACCUGGCCAAGGUACAGCAGAUGCAUCCUUUAAUGUUGGCUUCAUCGGCGGCGCAACGGCACCAGAAGCGGGAUCAACCCGAUGAAUAUUCCCAGUACCAACGUUAUCAAGAGUCGCAGGAUCAAUACAAUGACAACUCCUACGACGAUUCGCAGAUGUAUGAGUAUAAUGACGAUCCCCAUGAUCAUUACCGGCCGCAAUCGCGCGGCAGCAAACACGGUUAUGAAAAUGGCAACGUCUAUGGCACAGGGCAAUAUCAAUAUGGGAAUUCCACAUACCAUGAUGACGGCCAGCUAGAUGACGACGAUGACGAUAUGUGGUGA